CACUACCGGAUCAAACACACCACUAUCAGGCCAUACAAGUGUCCGCAGUGUCCGAAGGCGUACGCCUUUCUCAAAGACCUGACAAUUCACGAACCCGUUUGCCUGAGGAUCGGCGCACCCGAAGGCAACACCGUUGACGACCAAUCGGCCGGCGAUACAGCGAAACAGAGCCACGAGUGUUGUAUAAACGAUUGCGAGCUUGUCUUCGACGACAAGGAAUCGCUGGACAGACAUAUGCGCGAUGACCACAAAUACAGACCCGUGACCCGCGAGGACAUUAAGAAGGGGAUCCGUUGCAAUUGGCCCGACUGUGACCACACGUUCACAUUAUAUCGAGAGCUGGAAAUGCAUCGCUUCAAAGAGCACACGAAGAAUAAGGCAUACGUGUGCUCCGAUUGCGGCACUCCUUUCCCGAUCGAGAAGUACCUAAAGCAACACCAGAGGGACAGUUGCUUUGCGGUGAUAACGAGACAUAGGAAACGUCAAGCGACGCCGACUGAGGACACGGAUGACCACCAGUUGUCGCCAUCAAAAGUAAAAUGUAGACCCCAAACGGCCGGCGCUAAUGAACAGGUCCUCUAUUGCCAAUACCCCGACUGCGGCCACGCGUGCGACACGCCAUCAGAGCUAAGGACACAUAUCGACGCUCAGCAUAUCGUCGAGAAGCCAUUCAAGUGCCAG